AUGGAACUUUCACACAAAUGGUUGCCCAAGAAUCUAAUCCGUAUCAUUUGUAUCUCCGCAGCCACCAGGGAGUCGGCCUUCGUUCACGCCAUCGCCUCGGCCGGAGUGGCAUUUGCCGUAACCCGGGCCUGCGCGGAGGGCUCGGCCACCAUCUGCGGCUGCGACAACCAUCACAAGGGCCCCCCGGGGGAAGGCUGGAAGUGGGGGGGCUGCAGCGAGGACAUGGAUUUCGGCAGCAUGGUGUCUCGGGAAUUCGCCGACGCCCGCGAGAACAGACCGGACGCCCGAUCCGCCAUGAACAGGCACAACAACGAGGCCGGGAGAACGUCUAUCAUGGACCACAGACACCUGAAAUGUAAAUGUCACGGACUCUCCGGAAGUUGUGAGGUGAAGACGUGCUGGUGGUCACAGCCAGACUUUAGAAUGAUCGGCGACUAUCUCAAGGACAAGUACGACAGCGCUUCGGAAAUGGUGGUGGAGAAGCACCGAGAGUCUCGCGGUUGGGUCGAGACUCUAAGACCGAAAUAUACUUUUUUCAAGCCGCCUACAGAAAGGGACCUCAUCUACUACGAGAGUUCACCCCAACUUUUGCGAACCCAACCCAGAGACUGGAUCGUUCGGAACCCGAGAUAG